AUGGGCCAGCAGAUUCCCGUGCGUGCAUUGUUCCAUACCGGCUGCGAAGCGUUGCACUUGAUCCCAAUGAAGACCGAACUUGGCCCCCAGAGUCUCCCAGAGAACAGGUUGACCGAAGAUGCUCGCAACAGCAGAAUCCGCAUUAACUCGCCGGCCGAACUCAGCGACCAUCCAGUGGACUUCACCAUCGACCAGGUUUUGGUGACUCUCAUCUUUACACUUCGAAACGCCAAAAACGGUGGACCCUCCCGCGCUCUCAAACUAUUCGAGGGGUUCGAAGCUCGGAUCUCUCACCUGGAAAGCAGAGCGACGAGGAAGGACAAGGCUGGGGCAGACGACCUGGAUUUCUUCGUCCAAUGUGAACUCCCCAUCGCCAGAGCCAACCGGCUAAUAAACUCAUUAAAACAGGUGGUGGAAGAUGUCAGCGCCUUCAGGGAGGAGAAAGUCCCAUGGUUCCCCAGAAGAAUACGAGAUCUUGACAGGUGUCAACGACUGAUGACCAAGUUUGAGCCCACCUUGGAUCAGGACCACCCAGGACACCGUGACCUGGAGUACAGAGAACGCAGAUCUCAGAUUGCAAGACUAGCUCUGAGUUAUAAACAGGGAGAAUCAUUGCCAAGGGUGGAGUAUACGGCAGAGGAGAUAGCGAUCUGGAAGCAGGUCUACACUAAGUUGACCACUUUGUACCCAAGUCAUGCCUGCAAGCAGUUUGUGGAUGCCUUCUGGAUGCUUGAGAAGCAGUGUGGGUACCAAGCAGACAACAUCCCUCAGCUUCAGGACGUCUCUACUUUCUUGCAAGAGAGGACAGGUUUUCGUCUGCGACCUGUUGCUGGUCUCCUGUCUGCCAGAGAUUUCUUAGCCAGCCUGGCAUUCAGGGUGUUUCAGUGUACACAGUACGUCCGGCACCCUUCAUCCCCAAUGCACUCUCCAGAACCAGACUGCUGCCAUGAACUGCUGGGGCACAUCCCCAUGUUGGCAGAUAAGGAAUUCUCACAGUUCUCCCAGGAACUCGGUCUUGCAUCACUCGGGGCAUCAGAUGAAGAUAUUGAGAAACUAUCAACACUUUACUGGUUUACAAUAGAGUUCGGCCUUUGUAAACAGAAUGGAGCUCUGAAAGCCUAUGGAGCUGGCCUGCUCUCCUCAUACGGAGAGUUAAUGUACUCGCUAUCCGGGGAGCCCCAGUACAAAGCCUUCGACCCCGAGGUGACAGCUCUCCAGAUUUACCAGGACCAGACCUUCCAACCCGCCUACUUUGUAGCGGAGAGUUUCGAAGACGCAAAAUCCAAACUGUGGGCUUAUGCCUCCAAAAUCAGGAAACCUUUCUCACUGCGCUACGAUCCAUUAACUUGCAGCGUGGAGAUCCUCGACAAGCCACACAAGGUCAAGGACGCACUAACCCAGGUCAGGGAAGACCUGAGAAUCCUCUGCUCUGCUCUUGAUAAACUUUCUUAA